AUGCAAAACCAAAGUUUUGUAACUGAGUUUGUUUUCCUUGGUCUUUCAAAGAAUCCACAGGUUCAGAAAAUUAUAUUUGUUGUAUUUCUGUGUGUCUACAUCACAACUGUCAGCGGCAACCUGCUGAUAGUGGCGACCAUCCGCAGCAGUCCUGCACUCCUGGGCUGCCCCAUGUACUUCUUCCUGUCUUUCCUUUCCUUCAUUGAUGCUUGCCAUACCUCGGCUAUUGCCCCCAAAAUGAUUAUAGACUGUCUCUAUGAGAAGAAAACCAUCUCCUUUGGAGGUUGUAUGACACAGGUCUUUGCUGUGCACUUUUUUUCGGGGACAGAGGUGAUUGUGCUCACAGCCAUGGCCUAUGACAGGUAUGUGGCUAUCUGUAAACCCUUGCACUAUUCCUCCAUCAUGAACUCAAGGAUCUGUGGCAUUCUGAUUGGGGUAGCCUGGACCGGUGGCUUUCUGCAUUCCAUUACACAAAUUGUCUUUACUUUUCAACUACCCUUCUGUGGCUCCAAUGUCAUGGAUAACUUUAUGUGUGAUGUGUACCCAUUACUGAAGCUUGCCUGCACCGAUACUUAUGUCUUUGGCCUUUUGGUGGUGACCAACAGUGGUUUCUUUUGUAUCCUCAUCUUCUCCAUGUUGCUUGUGUCCUAUGGGGUCAUCCUGUUCUCCCUGAGAAAGCACAGCACAGAAGGACAGAGGAAAGCCCUCUCCACCUGUGGGUCUCAUGUUGCUGUUGUGGUUUUGUUCUUUGUUCCAUGUAUAAUUGAGUAUGCACGUCCUCCAUCUGAUUUAUCUUUUGACAAAAUAUUGGAGGUAUUUUACACUGUCCUAACUCCUUUACUCAAUCCCUUGAUUUACACUUUCAGAAAUAAGGAAGUGAAAAGUGCCAUGAGGAAACUUUGGAAUAGAUUAAUGAUUGUUUCUGUUGAUAAAUAG